CUAUGACUAUGGUAAAAUCCAAGCUGAUAUGAGCCACACUGAUGUCAUGAUAACGUACUUAUUUAAGAGCCAUUCCCGCCAUAGCUUCAGUCGUAAUUAAACUCUCUGCUCAACAACAAUUCCAUCGGACAAUAUUAUUAUCAGCAUGAAAUACUUCAAGUUCUACUGGCUACUCAUCGUUGUGGUGCUCUUCAUCUGUUCGCAAAACGCUGAGGCGGCCCCAAAACGAAAAGCCAAGCCAAAAAUCCAUCUUCCGAAACUUCCAAAAAUUAACAUAAAUAUUCAUCAUAAUAAUUAUAUUUUCAGACAUCCACAUCGGAUAGCGUUGGAUUCAAUUAAACAAGCUGUAGUGUAGUCGCUGUUACAUUAUUUUAGUUAUAUGUGUCGCCAUUAUAUGGUCCCUUAAAAAAUACUUAAGCUAACUUAUUAAACAAUACUCAACAAAACAAUUGAAAUAAUAAUCAUGGUCGUUUCUAUUAUCAAAACAUA